AUGGCAAUGCGGCAAACGAGGAACCUUUCACCCCGAUGGUUUUGGCUCAACCUCCAUUCGCUCAACCUCCGUCCGCUCAAUCUCCGUGUGCUGAACCACUAUCUGCCCAACCUCCAUCCGCUCAUCAUUCGUCCGUUCAACUCUUGCCCACCCAACUUCCACCUGCUCAACUUUCGCCCGAUCUACUUCCUUCUGCUCAACCUCCAUCCGCUCAAGUCACACCCACUACCUACUUCUUCCCAACCCCCCGCUGCCCAACCCCCCUCUUCUAAACAACUUUUUGUUGCACGAGCUACCAUUCACCCAUACGAGUUCCUGCCAGAAGCUCUGUGGGGGUGUUCAGACGACAUAAUGGGGCUCACCCGUGCUUUGGAUCGAGAUAUCUUUGUUUUCGCGGAACCAGAUCAUAGCGUGAGCUUUGACAAGUACACGUUUGAUGGACAUGACCUCCAGCGCAUUUUGCUUCCGAUCGACUAA